CCGCCACCAGCAGCGAGCUCCCCUCCUCCAGAAAUUCCUGGUCCAGGUCAGAUCAAAUGUCGUCUCUGCGGCAUUACUGUUAGCUGCAAAAAGAUCGCCAACCUCACUGCGCAUGCCCUGAAGAUCCACACACCAGUGCCGUUGUGGAAGUGCCCGAAGAGCGGCUGUGAGUUCGACCAUGCGGAUUUUACCCGAGUCUCACUGAACAAGCACAGCAUUGAAGACCACGUCAAGACCAUGCACACUAGUGGUCGACCGUUCCAGUGCGGAAUAUGCAAGUACACUAGUGUCGAAGAGUGGAAAGUUCGGGUUCAUGCGUCCAUCAGGCAUCCAGAGACGUCAUGUCUUCAAAUGCUUACUGUUGCAUCGCAUAACAAACCGCACCUCUACAUUCGAGAGCUUUUCCCAGAUAUCGCAGCGUUACUGCCAGAAGACGAGGUUGACGAGAUGCUCUACGGUUUUCGUCAACUUAAUCCAUCAGUACUGCUAUCGGUACCCAGCCCACUUAAUUCGCAGAGUGACUGUUCUGAAGAAAAAACUACAAUCAACGCUACCUCAUCAGUUGCCGCUAAAUCAGCUAAGAACGAAUUGGUGUCGCAUGCGCCAUUCACGCUCAACGGAACGAAUCUCUCCGAAUGUUCCAGUUAUGUAUAUCUACGUCGUGAAAUCAACAUGUUGAAUGACUUAGUCCCAGAAUUGAGCAGAAGGAAACGAGCGGCUUGUGGAGCUUUCAAGAGCAUCGAGUAUGUAGUGAAGAGAAGAAAGACCACCCGACUCCGUGCCGACCUUUUGGACUCAAAGGUACUUCCUGCCCUAACGAAUGCGUAA